CAACGAGAUUAACAGAGAACAGUAUCAUCAGAGAACCGCAUGAACGGUGUUAACAUUAUUAACAAAAUGAAUAGAAGUCAGUAUCAACAGUAUUACCAGUGAACAGUGUGAACGGCUUUAACAGUGUUUACAAUAGUAACAGUAUUAAAAGAGACCAGUAUCAAUAGUAUUAAUAGAGAACAGUAUUAGCUGCAUUAACAGCGUUAACAUUAUUAACACUAGUAGCAAUUAACAGUAUUAAGGGUAUUUACUGAUCAGUUGAUUAUGGUUUUGUUGAACCUUUAAUCUCUAACUAUAUAUUCUUCCUGUAUGUUGGCUCAGCUCUAGGUUAUGACUCUGCUCGUGUACAUUUUAAUAAGUUCCUCAUUCACUCAUCUCACCAAGGCGUAGAGAGAAAGAUGAAGUGAAGCUUUUACUCUUCAGGAACUUCAUAUCAAGUCCUUCACCUCUAUCACUUCUGGAGGAGAACAUGACUGGAUCCUGGAGACUAUUCCUGCUCUGUAGUCUCCUGCAAGGUGCUGGGUGCAUGGGAAGAUUUGAGGUCCUAAUGCAGGCGAGGGUGACGACACUCAAUGGAUCCUGUGUUACCGUUCCUUGUUCCUUCACCGUGGAGGACGGGUAUAAUGACAAGCUACUUCCUGAAUGUAUACCAACAUGGCGAAAAGAUAGAAUAACUUUCAGUACUACAACAUUCAAGGGAAAUCUAACAGCGUACAACUGUACUACAACAUUCAAUGAUGUACUUGAAGACAAUGGUCAAUAUGAUUUAAGAAUUGACUGUGGAUAUCCAUUAAAAUAUAAUUUUGAAAAAGACCCAGUGACCAUCCAGAUCGAGGGGCUCCCUGAUGCACCUCGUUUGACCCCCCCCAUGGAGCCGGUGGUGGAGGGGACUCCUGUGGAGCUGGGGUGCUCUGCCCCGUCCUACUGUGACACCCACCCCCCCACUGUGACGUGGACCCCCGCCCUGGGGCCCAGCACCCAGCUCCAGCAGAACGAUACCGUGACCUCCACUCUGACCUUCAACGCCUCCCUCCUCCACCAUGGAAACAAUGUCUCCUGCACUGCGGCCUACUACAUACCAUCUGGGAACAAAACUGUGACGUCUACAAGAUACCAACUCAGUAUCUUAUAUGCCCCCAGGAACACCUCUGCUGUCGGCAGCCCGUGUCUUCCAGCCAGAGAGGGAGGCUGCCUGAACCUGACCUGCUCCAGUCAUGCUAACCCUGCUGUCAGCGAGUUCACCUGGUACCGAAUACACGGAGAACACAUCCUUAAGAUCGGGAGUGGAUCUCCUCUGUCCAUCCAGCUGUCGAACUCCAGUAACGUUUUCUUCUGUGAGGUCCGGAAUGUCUUUGGCACAGAAAAGUCUAAUGUCUACAAGAUCGACAUUCAAAAUGCCCCCAGGAACACCUCUGCUGUCGGCAGCCCGUGUCUUCCAGCCGGAGAGGGAGGCUGCCUGAACCUGACCUGCUCCAGUCAUGCUAACCCUGCUGUCAGCGCGGUCACCUGGUACCGAAUACACGGAGAACACAUCCUUAAGAUCGGGAGUGGAUCUUCUCUGUCCAUCCAGCUGUGGAACGCCAAUGACGUUUUCUUCUGUGAGGUCCGGAAUGACUUUGGCACAGAAAAGUCUACUGUCUACAAGAUCGACAUUCAAAAUGCCCCCAGGAACCCCUCUGCUGUCGGCAGCCCGUGUCUUCCAGCCAGAGAGGGAGGCUGCCUGAACCUGACCUGCUCCAGUCAUGCUAACCCUGCUGUCAGCGAGGUCACCUGGUACCGAAUGCACGGAGAACACAUUCUUAAGAUCGGGACUGGAUCUUCUCUGUCCAUCCAGCUGUGGAGUACCAAUGACGUUUUCUUCUGUGAGGUCCGGAAUGACUUUGGCACAGAAAAGUCUAAUGUCUACAAGAUCGACAUUCAAACUCCUCCCAGGAUCCUGCCCGCUUCAAGCUGCAGCAGAAUUGCAGCCUGGGUGCGAUGUUCCUGCGACAGCGUGGGCAGACCAUCACCGUCUCUGGAGUGGCGGUUGGAUGGGAAACUGGUGUUGGGUUCUGAAGACGUGUCUGUUAGCCAGGUCAACCUGGAGAACGCCACGUUGAGGAGCUCCCUCACAAUGAGGGCCCCUGCUGGUCCGACAGCCUUGACCUGCCACAGCUCCAACGCUGCCGGGAACACCAGCCAGGAGCUUCCUGUCCCCCACCUGGAUACACAGCCAAACCUGACAGACUUGGUGCUGUGCAUUGUCAAAUCUGCUGUGAUGUUCGUGGGCUUAGUGUGUGUGGUCGUCUGUAUUACAAGAACUCGUAGAGUGGGUGAGGAGACGCGGUCCUUUAACGCUGCCACUGUGACGCGAGCCCCCCCAGACGAGGAGGAGUCCCAGGUCAUCUUCGGAAGUGAGGAGGACGACUACGUUAACAGCGGGAUGCAGAUGAACCCGGUUGGGCCGAGAGAGUAGCCUGUUGGACCGAGAGAGGAGGCUGUUCUGAGAGCCGGUUCCCCAGUCUCAACGCACCGUGAUGCAGCCUCCUCCCGGCGGAUAGGCCCUGCAGGCUCCCACCCAGGACGACCGGUCUCUAGGGAGCUCACUGAAGAUACUCAGUAAACAGUUCAUGAUGACCAAGAAUUUCCUCCAGGUAGAAAUUUUAAAAAUUUUGUAUAAAACUUUUUUUUAAUAAGUUGAUAACCAUCGUUGUCAGUGGCAGCCUGCACUAUACGCUGAAUAUGCAGUUGUGUGGACCAGCUAAGCCAGUUCACAAAAGUUAAUUAAUUCUCUAAUUCAAGAUCCAUUCGGAGGGGUUAUGUUGCCCUCUGGUGGUGAUUUGCAUUCACAGCCCAGGUAGAGAAGGCUUGUAGUUGUCCGUAGUGAAUUUUAACGCAAUAUAUAGUGUUUCUUACAUUGUGUAAAACAUGACAGCAAAUCUAUUGAAAUUAAUAAAUGUAUUAAUUGUAAUUCCAGCCUUUUGGCCAAAUAAACAUUGGUCAAGUUUCUACAAGG